GGUUUGGUUGAGUCUCCCUGCGUGUGUCUAUAACUUUGUGUUGCUGCCGGUGGUUGUUAGGAGGAGGGAUGUGGAAGUCGGCGGCGAGCAGGGUGACAGGCUGCUCGGGCGGGCUGCGGCGGCGGACGGGCUGGGCGCGGGCGGAUCGCUUGCCUCUCGCCGGCUGCUCGCAGGGGGAGCGGGCGCUCUGCCGUUUUCCCAUCCUUCGCCUUUAAAGGGAAGGCUCUCUGGAGCUGAAGGCGCAGGAGCAGCAGGAACCAUGCAGCAGCGCUGCUUCUUCCUCCCGUGAAUUCGGAUCUCGAUUGCUGCCGGUUGUGGAGGUGGCUCUCGAUCCAGCACCCCCCCGCCGCCUCCCGCCCCUCCCGGUGUGGCUUUCCCUGCCUCGUCUGCCUGCGCUUUUUAAAUGACUUAAGUGAAGGGGGGAAAAACUGUCAAGAUGGCAGCAGCAGGAGCAAGGAGGUUAUGAAUGUGGUGUUGAUGCUGGAACAAAACCUAUUCUCUUUGGCAGCCCUAGGGAGGGCUUAAAGCUACUGGACCUGUUGGAAGACUGGCGAUUUGAUUUGUUCCCGUUGUGUUUGCUUUUUUUUCCCUGCAAGAAGGAGGAUUUAUCACUAUUUUUUUUUUAACCGACCAGCCCCCGGGGUGGCCUUCUCCUGCCCCCUGGUCCGUCAGCUGUGAGAUUUUGGGGGGUUGCUUGCGCGUGGCUUGGGGCACCGCAAAGUGACAGGUUUACGCUAGUGUGCAGUUGGAUGUAUGCUAAGACUUCGGCUCCCUUUAGGGCGUUUUGAAGAAGGAAAAAGUCUUCGGCGUAACCCAAAGGACCGCUCUCCCUGCCCUCCUGCCGACGGAGGGCGCGAAGGACCACCCCCCCAAAAGGCAAGCUAUCUGCGGAAGCGGCGAGGAGCGAGCUCGGAGGCGCCGGGGGCGUGAGGGGGUCGUCUCCCGGCUGGAUACAGCGCGGUUCCCGCUGGAGCUACUUCUGCAUCCGCAUGGAGUGAAACAUAAACAAACGCACACACGCACCGCGGGAGCGGCCGCCGCUCCGCCGGCGCGGAGGGCAGCGCCGCGGGCACCUCCGGCACCGCCCGGCCCGUGCUGCCGCCCUGCGCGGCCGCUCCGGCUCCUAAUCUGAUUUUUUUUUUUUCCCCUCCCUCCCCUUCUCCCCCCGCCUCCCAGCUCCGGCGUGCGCAUCGCCCGCGGGGAGCGGAGCUCGGGGCGCAGCGGAGAGCCGGCCAGCCCUUAGCGGAGCGCGGCAUGCCCGCCCGGCAGCCCCCCGCCUGCUAGGCUCCCGUCGGCACCGAGGAGGCGGCGGAGGAGGAGCGGGGUCGGCGGCCGCCCGCCCGCCCCGUCGCAGCGCCCCGCAGCCGCCCGCGGGGGAGGCCAAGAUGGCAGAGGCGUCGCCCCCCGCCCCGCUCUCGCCCCUGGACGUGGAGCUGGACCCCGAGUUCGAGCCGCAGAGCCGCCCCCGCUCCUGCACCUGGCCCCUGCAGAGGCCCGAGCUGCAGGCCAGCCCAGCCAAGCCCGCCGGCGAGUCGACCGCCGACGCCGCCUCCAUGAUCCCCGAGGAGGAGGACGACGAGGAGGAGGGGGCCGGCUCGGCCAUGACCGUCGGCAGCGCGGCCCCUGCGGGCGGAGAAGCGGCGGCGGCGGCGACCACCGCCGUGCCGGAGGAGGCGGCGCGGCUGCUGGCCCCGCUGCCCGGCGGCGGCCCGGAGGGGCCGAGCCUCUCGCCGGGGGGAGCGGCGGCGGCGGCGGCAGGCGGCGGGGGGCUGAGCGGGGGCCCGGCGGCGGCGCCGAGGAAGUGCUCGUCGCGGCGCAACGCGUGGGGCAACCUCUCCUACGCCGACCUCAUCACCCGCGCCAUCGAGAGCUCCCCGGAGAAGCGCCUCACUCUCUCCCAGAUCUACGACUGGAUGGUCCGCUGCGUGCCCUACUUCAAGGACAAGGGCGACAGCAACAGCUCGGCCGGCUGGAAGAAUUCAAUCCGGCACAACUUGUCACUCCACAGCCGAUUCGUCAGGGUGCAGAAUGAAGGCACCGGGAAAAGCUCUUGGUGGAUGAUCAAUCCAGAUGGCGGAAAAGGCGGCAAGGCGCCCCGGAGACGCGCCGUGUCAAUGGACAACAGCAACAAGUACACCAAGAGCAGAGGGCGGGCGGCAAAGAAAAAGGCAGCCCUGCAGACAGCCCAGGAGACGAGUGAGGACAGCCCUUCCCAGCUCUCCAAGUGGCCUGGGAGUCCCACCUCCCGCAGCAGCGACGAGCUGGAUGCGUGGACAGAUUUUCGCUCCCGUACAAAUUCAAACGCCAGUACGAUCAGUGGCCGCUUGUCACCAAUUUUGGCAAGCACCGAGCUCGAUGAUGUUCAAGAUGAUGAUGCUCCACUUUCUCCCAUGCUGUACAGCAGUCCAUCGAGCUUGUCCCCGUCGGUAAACAAACCGUGUACUGUGGAGUUGCCUAGGUUGACUGAUAUGGCUGGGACAAUGAACUUGAAUGAUGGACUGACUGAUAACCUCAUGGAUGAUCUCUUGGACAAUAUAACACUCCCUCCCUCCCAGCAGUCACCCACAGGAGGGAUAAUGCAGAGAAGCUCGAGUUUUCCUUAUGGUUCCAAAGGUUCAGGGCUGGGCUCCCCGUCAAGUAGUUUCAACAACGCUGUGUUCGGGCCGUCGUCCCUGAACUCCCUCCGCCAGUCACCCAUGCAGACAAUUCAGGAGAACAAGCAGGCCACCUUCUCUUCCAUUUCUCAUUACAACAACCAGACGCUGCAGGAUCUCCUCACCUCUGAUGCUCUUAGUCACAGCGAUGUCAUGAUGACACAGUCUGACCCACUCAUGUCCCAAGCCAGCACAGCUGUGUCCGCCCAGAAUUCCCGCAGGAAUAUAAUGCUCCGCAACGACCCCAUGAUGUCGUUCGCCGCGCAGUCCAGCCAGGGUGGUCUGGUCAAUCAGAACCUGUCCCAUCACCAGCACCAGUCCCACAACUCCUCUCUUAGUGGCAGCCGUGCCUUGUCCAAUUCCAUCAGUAACAUAGGCUUGAGUGACUCCAACAGCUUGGGAUCCACCAAACAUCAGCAGUCACCUGUCAAUCAGUCUAUGCAAACACUUUCUGACCCGCUGUCAGGCUCCUCUUUGUACUCCUCUAGCGUGAACCUCCCGGUCAUGGGACAUGAGAAGUUCCCGAGUGACUUGGACCUGGAUAUUUUCAAUGGGAGCCUGGAGUGUGACAUGGAGUCCAUUAUCCGCAGUGAACUCAUGGAUGCCGAUGGGCUGGAUUUUAACUUUGAUUCCCUCAUCUCAGCUCAGAACGUUGUCAGUCUGAAUGUGGGGAACUUCACUGGUGCUAAACAGGCUUCAUCACAGAGUUGGGUACCAGGCUGAAGGAUCUUUGAGAACAGGGAAAACGGGCAAACAGGCCCUCAAACUGACACGAGAUGUAGAGAGAGAGAACCCUUUGCCAAAUCUGCUGUCAGCAAGUGGACAGUGAUACUGUUUACAGCUUACGACCUUUGUGAACCCUGCAUUAUUUUCCUAAUGAAGCAGACUGUUAAUAGGCCCUUUACUGGAGUGAAGAACCUACUUUUUUUUUCUCCCUCUUUUUCUUUUUUUUUUCCUUUUUUUUUUUUUGUUGAAAAUUGAACUCAUUCUGAAGUAUGCAAAAUCUUCCUUUUCUGGGAUGGCCAAGCACCUGCUGUGGAGACAAUGUUCAGCACCAUCCUGUUGAGAACACACUGUGUAGCCUUUACACUAGUUACUUGUCAAUGAGUAUGUGGUGUUUCAAUAUAUUAAUGGUUUAUGGGAUGUUUUAAGUUGGCUUUUCUUUUUGGAGGUUUUCCCUAUCUGCCCACCCUCCCCCCUACAGCCUCCAGUUUGAUUUCUGUAGAUUUUUAACCAUUUUUGCUUUCUCUCCCUGGGGAAUCUGAGGCACUGUGUACAUGCAUGGAAAUGACUGUGACCCAGCACUGCUCAGGUGUCAGGGUUUUCUGAAGGCACAGCGUUUGUUAGUCCCAUCAGCCAGCUGGAUUCCAGAGAGGGGAUGUGCGUGGCCUGUUUGUUUGUUGGGUUGGUUGGUUUGUUUCUUUCUUACUCUUUCCUUAAGUUUAAUGGUACACCCCUGUUUUCCGUAAGGGUCAACCCAGAGCUGGUUGCAAAGCAAGGGCAGCUGAUGAGUGUUGCCUCUUGGCUCACGAGGACGGACUGACAGCGGGUGCCACUGCCCUGACGAGCUCCGAGGCAUGAGCCCCUUUCCUGCCCGCUGGAGCAGGCUGCCCUCCUGCCUUAGGUUAGCAAAGCUGCCCUCACUGCCCAGGGGAGCUGCUGAGGAGAUACGGGCUGAGACACGAGGUGGAUGCAGUCACCUGUAGAGAUGUGUUAGGAAGCACAGAAAUUAAAGGAAACCGAGCGGCUGCGCAUCGGCAGGUGACUUGCAGUGACAGUGCCAGGAGCUGAGGCACAGAUCACUGCAGGGUGUGUUAUGGCAUUAGUGAUCCUGUUUAUUUUUGUUGUUGUUGUUGUUUUGGACAUAUCCUUGAUUAUUUUUUCCUUCUCAUUAUGUAUAAUCCAUUGUGGAGGAAGAAGCAGGAGUGGGAAUGGCACAAUAUCAUACAAAUGGCUUUUCAUACGAGUAGAUUGUAGCAGGAUAAAUGACACUGAAAGACAAGGCAGUUUUAUAUAUUUUGCUUCUAAGAUUUUCUUUUGUAAAAUGAAUAAUAAUUAAUAAUAAUAAUGAAUAAAAGGUAUGGUGCUGUAUAGAUCCUCUCUAUAAUCUGGAAAGUUUGAUUACUUUUUAUUAGUAUCUGGGGGGGGAGGGAUACAAAAAAAGAGGGGAAAACACCAGUGGUACAUAGGAAUUUGGUAUGAAGAGGUUCUGAAUAGGACAGUGUAUACAUAAUUCUCCAAAGCGAUAUAUGAAGUUGUUUUUUUUUCCUUUGCAUAAAAGCAUUAUGCAUAUAAAUAUAUAAAUAUAUUUUAUUAUGUACAGAAAUGGAUCAUUAUGCAUGGAUGUUAGGAAAACAAAACUAGCAUUUUAACCCAAGGUCUCAGUGCAUGAGUUCCCACCGACCCGUGUCCCAUGCAAUGUGGAGUGACUCCCUCUGGCCACUGCCACCACACAUGCACAGUCAUGCACCAACACUCACACGCAUUCGUGGGCCCUUCCUCACUCCUUACUUUCCAGGUCCCCGAGGUGAUUUUGGUGAAACAACGGCUCCCAGUGUGAUGGAAGUUUUGGUUUUGUACCGUAGCCCCCAUGCUGUUCUCUCAUAAAGAUGCACCUCUUGGUUUCUCCCCCCAGUUACGACUGUGUAGGCUCUGUGCAGUUGUGGUUAGCAUAGCCCUGUAGCAUAUCAACUCUUUCAAGCAGCCAAGGGUUUAUCAUUUGCCUUUAAAAAAAAAAAAUCUCUUUUCUUUUUACACUGAGGGGUUCUAUUUGUUAGCACGUGGCCUAGUUUAUUGCAUUCAUUGGAGCUGGCUGGUGCACAUUGCCCAUGUCUGUCACCAGCCAGCAUCCUGGGAUGCUUGUGUGGCACAGCUGGGCACCCUGCUUAACCGAGUCCAGUUGCAGGCAGCUUUUACUGAAAUCGGUCAAGAGUUCAUCACUGGCCUCCCCUGAGCGUGUGCCAUUAGCUCUUGGCUUCCUGGGACACCCCAAAAUGUGAGUGUAUGCUGAAGGACUUCCCUCUGGUGUUUCUUUCACUGAGGCUUCUCUGCGUUGCUGCCCUGUGGCUGGGCUUGUGCCCCAGCCCCAAGUUUUGGCUGUCAGCAGAGCUCACUCGGUGGCUCCCCGUGCUGAGGUGCAGCUUUUGAUCCCUACACAGAUGAGCCUCCAGUGAGACUCGUGGUGCUGCCCAAAGAGCCACUGUCACUGACAGAUCAGUAAAGCCUGACUCGAUGGCGUGGCCAAAGUGACCAAACCCCAUCAUUUAUUUUUUUUCUUGGUUCAGAUUCAGUUCUUGUCCAAGCAAAGGAAGGCCUGUUGAAAACUUAAAUGAAAAGGCUGCAAAUUCUGCUCUGUUCCAGCAACUUAGCCUGCUUGGGUUCAGAGGAACUGCUUUCCACUGGCAGAAAUGAGAGACAAAAUGAUGGCUUGCUCUGUUCAGAAAGUGGAGAAAAAACACUUGGUUUAGAGACAGCCCAUCAAUGGCAGAGAAGUUUUUUUUUAGAAGAAAUAAUAAAAGCAUUAGUGGCUGAAAGGCUUAACCUGCCUCCCAGCAAAGUCAAGGGGAGCAUUUCCAUUGGCAUGGCUGGGACAGCUUGGGCCCCUGCUUUGGAGAACAUCCCAGCACUCACUGAAGAGGGAUGGACUUGCCAGCCUCUUCAGUUUGGUUUGGUUUUUAUUGCUCAGUUUUGGGGCCAGAAUUUUCAAGCAGAAGUGCCUGGUGUCAGGCACCAGACAUCGGGGGCUCCAACGUGGUCGCAGGGGACAAGCUGCUCUGCUCUCGUGGCUUCUUGAAGGAAGGGGAGGGGACAGGUCCCCCCUGGCCCAAGGGAAGGUCGUCGCCCUCUGCACCUGCUGAGGUGCCCAGCAAAGGCCGUUUACUCCAGAGGUGCUGAAUAAAUCUCCCUGAAUCCAAAGGGCCAGUUAUUUAGGUGUCAGAAUUAAGCCUUGGAUAGUUAGUUUGGGGAACCUACAUUUGGAAAAUUUGGCCUUUGAGUCUUUCAACAUAUUUAUGCCUAGAAGUUGUCCUUGUGAAAUCAUGUAAGGUCAAGGUCACAAUUACAUGGUUGUCUUUUGAACACUUGGUCUAAACAAAAGCUCUAAAAAGGUGUUAUUUAUGCAGUUUGUAGUCACAGGUUGGGGCUUGAUUUAAUGAUUUUGUAAAAUAAAUUUUCUCUUAAGAAUAAUCAGAUAGUAAAACACUGCUUAACUCCAGAAAUUUUUGUGCCACUGCUUAAAAAAGUUACCUUUUAGGUCAUGUAUUUCUCCAAAAUUAUAUCAUUGCUUGGCAAUUGGUGUCCUGUAAGUGUUUCAAGUACACAAUAUACCUUUGGAAUUGCCAACAGAUGCGAAGGGGGACCAGAUACAUUUCGUAACUAUGGGUUGGAAAAAAUGGAUUGUACAUUUGGCUUCACAUGUUUAACUUUUUUUUUAAAAAGUUGCAUGAUUGGAAAAAAUAUGUAUACAGUAUCUGUAAAACUGUUUUAUCUGUUUCUGUUUCAAGCCAUGUAAAUUGGAAGAAUAUUAAAUCCACAGCCUUAUCGCGCAUGGCCGUCUUUACAUACCGAAGAGCUGAACAGUUUAUACUUUUCAUUUGGGCUAUCUUGUACUUUCAUUUGAAAGCAGACACUCUCACGUUGCAGUCUUACUGAGGAUUUUAUAUUUAAAAAAAAAAAACUAAAAAAAAGGAAACAAAGAAAAAAGAUGCUGCCCUGGAGGAAUAUAUUACCUUACUACUCAGAGGUUGGAAGGAAGUUUGUUUUGGAGCAAAACCUGCCCCUUUCCAAAUGAAGUAGAGAUGCAGUGCUUACUCCACUUGGUGUUAGUAGAUAUUGCCUUGUGUAUUCCAUUUUAAAUUGUAAUCUAGUUUGUAAAAGAGAUGGUGACGCAUGUAAAUAAAGCAUAAUGGAUCUCUACAUUGCA